AAAAAAACUAGAAACAGAAUCGAGUGAUAUCGCGUAGUUCUUAAGACCAAAGCUAACAGACGAACUGAAACUAAUUCCGAAGCGGUACAUAAAAUCACUCAACACCGUCUCUUGUCCCUUUAACUGAACAGUUAACAUGUUGUUACCAACAAUGUCAGAGUGAUACUUUCUCCUUCGGAUUAUUUAGAAGAAAAGGCAACGACAGUUUUCAAAGGGAGCUUUUUUAUGUUUCAGUUACUUCCUUCGAUCUUCCAUCAACAAGACCCACUGUCGACGACUGACGUGCGGUCUGAAACACUGGCCCCUGAGCAGCAUUAGCAGCAGCAGCAGCUGCCAUGAUAUGGUUUCAUCCCAACACCAACCCACAGCUCAGUUUGCAUUUGGUGCAACAACCCGCAAGUUCUCCAACAGAAACAAGUAUGUCCAGUCAGCGAGUCGCAAUGAAGAGGACAACAUAAGUCAAGAGUAUUCUCUUAUCUAUUCCAACUCCUCAAUAGUUUACUACCAAUCAGCCCAGUUGUUUCUGCAACCGACAGUGAUUCUCUCCAUUAUCGGGGCUGGCUAUAUGUGCUACAUGUCCAAAAAUGACUUUUUUCUGCAAGACCAAGUUGACUACUUAGAACACCCGUUUGUUGCCGGCUGUAUCUUCUUCGUCUUCAACUCUUACCUUUUCUACCUUGUUACCAAAGUAAGCCAGAGUUAUCUACUGAGGAUAUAUGUCCAUCAGAACGAAAAAGACUUUGUGGCUAUCGUACCCGGCCUAUUUAUGUCGCGUUCACAGUUGCAUUUCACAGCGAACAAUGUGACCCUCUCUUCGAGGAAUUCUUUCUUACCAUUCAAGAGAGGUAACUCUGUCAUUAAAGGGAGAUCGUUUAUAUUACACAGCGAUGAUUUUCUAAUACCAAAAUAUUAUGAUAUUUUGCAUCCAGCUAAAAGUGAUGAUGAUAACAAUCAAAAUAAUUAAUAAAUUAAGUAGUUAGUAAUUAAAUUUUCUUAUUUUGCGCUGUU